AUGGCAACAGAGUCCUCAAACGCAUCUUAUGAUAGGGCAAAGCCAUUUUUGGCUGUGAUACUUAUGCAGUUUGGCUAUGCAGGCAUGUCCAUAGUUUCUAAGCAUGCCCUAAAUGAAGGGAUGAGCCAACAUGUAUUGGUAGUCUACCGGCAUGCGGUUGCCACCCUCGCCAUUGCUCCAUUUGCCUUUAUUUUUGAUAGGAAAGUAAGGCCAAAGAUGACUCUUUCCAUCUUCUUUAAGAUAAUUUUGCUGGGCUUGUUAGAGCCAACGAUCGACCAGAACUUGUACUAUACUGGCAUGAAAUAUACCACAGCAACUUUUACUGCUGCUAUGUGCAAUGUUCUUCCGGCUUUUGCAUUUUUGAUGGCUUGGGGCUUGAGGCUUGAGAAGGUUAACAUAAGGAAAAUGCAUAGCCAGGCAAAGAUAAUUGGGACCGUAGUCACAGUGGGUGGGGCCAUGCUUAUGACUCUUGUUAAAGGAACUCGGUUGGAUUUGCCGUGGACAAAAGGGUAUGAUCAACUCGCAUCUACAAGUGCAUUAACUAAUCAUCAGGAUCCUAUUAAAGGUGCUCUUAUGAUCACCAUAGGCUGUGUCUGUUGGGCUUGCUUCAUAAUUCUCCAGGCAAUAACCUUAAAAUCAUACCCAGUUGAGCUCUCCCUGACAGCUUGGAUAUGUUUCAUGGGAACUAUUGAAGGUAGCAUUUUAGCAGUCGUAAUGGAAAGAGGAAAUCUCUCAGCUUGGUCUAUAGGCUUGGAUAGUAAACUAUUAGCCGCUGUUUAUAGUGGCGUAAUCUGUUCUGGGCUUGCUUAUUAUGUACAAGGAUUGAUUAUGAAGCGUAAAGGACCUGUUUUUGUGACUGCCUUCAAUCCCUUGAGCAUGGUUAUCAUUGCAAUGUUGGGCUCUUUUUUCUUGAAAGAGAUAUUAUACUUAGGAAGGGUUAUUGGAGCAGUUGUCAUUGUUAGCGGCCUAUAUCUAGUGUUGUGGGGGAAAAGCAAGGAUGAACCUCUAUCCAAUUCAAGCAAUGAUGAGGUAGCAGGAAGUGCUACACAAAUUGAUACCAAAAUGCAAGAGAGGACGGAAAGUUUGAAUCAAGAAUUUGUUGCUAUAGAUCUUUCCAGAGUUAGACCUACGGAUGAAUCAGAUUGA